AUGAAGACGGUGGUGCCACUUCUGCAAAGCCAUUCAACACCACCGUGGACAUGGAAAUUCUUCAACAACAACUACAAAACCCUGGUAACUACCCCUUCUUUACCUCUCUGUUUUCGCCACCCAGCAGCCCAUGCCAUCUCCCAGAGCCAAGACUACUCUACAAAACACACAACGCUUCUGGUUGAGAGCUUUCAUGAACACAAGAGGCUCAAGUCCUUGCUCGACAACCUCAAAAACAACCAAAACCCUUUGCAACUGCUUCAACAGGAUGGAGAUUGGUCCAGAGAUCACUUCUGGGCUGUCAUCAAAUUCCUUAAACAUUCUGGAAGAUCCAAUCAGAUUCUUCCGGUGUUUCAUAUGUGGAGGGACACGGAGAAAACAAGAAUUAAUGAGUUCAAUUACGAGAAGAUUGUAGGGUUGUUAGGCGAAGAGGGUCUAAUGGAAGAUGCAGUUUCUGCAUUUUUGGAAAUGAAAAGUUUUGGUCUCUGCCUAUCCUUACAGGUUUACAAUUCAAUAAUUCAUGGUUAUGCAAGAAAUGGAAAGUUUGAUGAUGCUUUGUUUUACCUUAAGCACAUGAAAGAAAUGAAUUUGCGUCUGGAAAGUGAUACUUAUGAUGGGUUGAUCGAAGCUUAUGGGAAGUAUAGAAUGUAUGAUGAGAUGGGUAUGUGUCUGAAGAAGAUGGAGCUGGAUGGGUGUUCACCGGAUCGCUAUACUUAUAAUUUGCUUAUCCAAGAGUUUGCGCGAGGUGGACUGCUGACAAGAAUGGAAAGGAUAUAUCAGUCUAUGCGAACCAAAAGGAUGAAGUUGCAGUCUUCUACUUUGAUUUCGAUGCUUGAGGCAUAUGCUAGUUUCGGGAUCGUGGAGAAGAUGGAGAAGAUUUUAAGAUGGACAUGGAACUCAAAAGUCACUGUAAAGGAUGAGUUGGUCAGGAAAUUAGCUGGGGUUUAUAUUGCAAACUACAUGUUUUCGAGACUACACGACUUGGCUGUUGAUCUUACUUCUAGAACUGGUCAGACCGAUAUUGUUUGGUGCCUACACCUCCUUUCUCAUGCUUGUCUUUCGAGUCGAAGAGGCAUGGAUGCUGUUGUUAGGGAGAUGGAAGAUUCAAAUGCUUGUUGGAAUGUGACAGUUGCAAACAUUAUCUUGCUAGCAUGUUUGAAGAUGAAAGAUUUCACCCGCUUGAGGAUCUUAUUCUCUAGGUUACCAGAAUGUCGCGUGGAGCCUGAUAUGGUUACUUUUGGAAUUCUUCUUGAUGCAGAGGAAAUUGGUUUUAAUGGAAAAGAGAUUUUAGAGAUGUGGAGAAAGGUGGGUUUUCUUUAUAGACAUGUAGAAAUGCACACUGAUCCUUUGGUUCUCUCUGCUUUUGGUAAGGGGAGGUUCCUCAGAAGCUGUGAAGAGGCCUACUCUUCCCUGGAACCUAGUGCUAGAGAAAAGAAAAGGUGGACUUACAUCAAUUUCAUAAAUUUAGUGACUAAAGAAAAGCAAAGGGAAAAGCAGCUUCAAAUGAAUGGAAGUUGA